AUGUCCGCCCAGAUUGGAGGCGUGGUGGAUGCUCAGGCAAAAGCCCCACAAGACAUUCGCAAUGUCGUGAACUUCCUACGUAGCAGCAAAGCUGGGAUUAAAGUCCGAGUGGGGGCUUUGAAUGGAAAGCGCGCUGACUAUUUCAAAGGCAAGGCUGCCGUGAAGGCUCUGCUCUCGCCUGCCUAUGCCAAAGUAAAAAACGUCCAGAAGGUCGAGAAUGAAGAAGAUGCGCACAAACUCCUCGGCUCAAUAAUUCCCUUCGCCUUCUACCUGCGUGUUGACCGCGGUCAGCCAAGCGGCUCCGCAUCUAGCUCGCCCAAGCUACUCAAUGUCAACCCUCAGCAAUCCUUCCAGCCAGACGCGUACUAUGCAUGGUUCUACGAAGGUUCGCAGCUUAUGACCUACGUCGGCGGCUUCGCUAUGCUCGCUGUCAUGCUCGCUGGCGUCAUGUUCCCUCUCUGGCCGCCGAUCAUGCGUCUCGGCGUGUGGUACAUCAGCAUUGCCGUGCUGGGCCUCAUCGGCCUCUUCUUCGCCAUUGCAGUCGUCCGGCUCAUAUUCUACAUCAUUACCCUCUUCGCUGCGAGUCCUGGCAUCUGGAUAUUCCCGAAGCUGUUUGCUGACGUCGGAUUUGUGGAGUCUUUCAUUCCGGUUUGGGAAUGGGACCACCCGAAGAAGAAGGGCAAGAAGAAGGGCAAGGAGGCGGUGUCAGAGAAGGGGCAGACCAUUGAGACGAACGGCAAGAGCACGCAGAUCGAUGUCCGCUCGGUCAGCCCAGAUACAGGCAGCUCACGUCCAGAAAGCAGACAAGCACGCGUCGAGGACGUCCCAGAAGACUCGUAA